UAUUACUAUUUUUUUUUCUCUCUGACAGGACAAGAACGAUUUGGUAACAUGACACGGGUAGGUCUUUUCGUCCUUCAUUACAUUCAUGCAGCUCGAGGGACGUAUAUAUUGUGGUUCAAUGGGCUCUUUCUAGCUGGUCAUUCACAUGGUACAAAACCGCCGUGCUGGAGAGCAAAAGUCGCACUAGGAGAAGACAAACAAAAAAAUUACCAUUUAAAAUUAUGUAUGUCUUUUCUUUGUGUGGUUCCAGUGCGGCUUUUGCUCUCCAGCGUGGCGGUUUUGACGGCAAGCUGCUAAGGGCCUAUUCUAUCCUGGUUUGAAUUUUACUUUCUUUUGUUUUAAACUCAUUAUUAUACAUUACCAUACCCAAAAAGAAAGGAAAAUAAAAUUUAAACUAAGGAUAAAAUAUUGAACCACAAUAAACAUAUACAUGCACUGUUGUAAGAUAAAAUGUAAUUUGCGAAAUUUUAGACAUUUUUACUAAGAGGAAAAUAUUUUUAAAGUGAAUAGAAGAUCAUCCCAGUCAAAGUUGCAAGUUGUGCAGUUGUGAAAUUAUGAAAGCCUGCAAAAAUUCAGGCUUGCCAGAAUUCGAACCAUGAUGACCUCUGCAAUACCAGUGCACCACUCUAACCAACUGAGCUAUUUUCGUGAGCGUUGUCUAAUAUACCCACACUGUAACAGUCCAUAUAAGCCAUGUUAUGAUCUGUUCAAAUCGUACAGAUCGCAAAACUUACAUAUGGUCCAUAAAAAACUGUUUAUGAUCCACAAACUGCAUCUUAUUAUAGGGACUUAGGAUAUUUUCAUGGCAAGAGGGGGUGUACCUUGUUCUUGGAUCUGUACAGAUCGUACAGGUAGCACACUGUGCUCUGAUGUAAUUAUGAGAUACAUGCUUCUUACAUGCUCAGAAACAGACUAUUAGAAAUGCUGACAUCUUGUACUGAACGUACAAUAAGUCAAAUGCUCUUAACAUUCCAUAACAGUGCAGCAGCAAUGGACUGAUGACUGUUUCUGUCUUGCUCUUUCUUUAAUGUGACAUGAUAAAUGAUUUUGGAAAAAUGUCCAAUUAAUUGUUGGGGGAAAGUAAACAAUAUUGUGUCGAAGAGUAACAUUUAACAUGUCUGUUGUCUUUUUAAUGGAUUUGUUGUGGUUUAUCCUUGGUUUAAAUUUUAUUUUCCUUUGUUUAAAAAUCAUCAUCAUUCAUUACCAUAUGCAAAAACAAAAGAAAAGAAGAAAAGCCAAGGAUGAAAUUGAACCACAACAGAUUCAUGAUGCAGCUAUAAUGGGCCAUAAUAUGACCCUUUCCUGACACAUUUGGGUGUUUUGUUCCAAUACACAGAAUGUUAAGUGAUCAUGCUUUGAUACAUGUAAUUCUUACUUUUGGUUUGUAAGCCUUUUGUUUCAUUCACAAAAUGAUUGUCAUUAAUAAAAUGCAGGUUCAUAGUCCAAAAGCUCAAAAGUUUAUCUGAUGUUAACUUGCAUGCUUACAGUGAAAAAUAAAAUGAAUUCUUAAAAAGAGAUUUUUCCUAUAAUUUAUAGUUCAAUGAUGAUCGAUGGGCUGGCACAAUGUAAUAAUUUGUGCUGAUCGAUUAUGAGAUCUCAGGUGAUUCUCAACACUACUAUUUACAAGUAUGACUGUAGAGUUGAACUUUGGACGAGGCAGAACAAACCAGGCUGGGUCUGAAUGGGACCUCUCUAGUACAUGUCCAACAAACUGACUGCUUGCUCAUCUUGUCUCCCCAACCCAUGUGUCAUGGCACAGUAUCAGAUCUUGGCUCAUAUUAAUUUUUUCAUGGUAAACGUUCUCAGGUUUAUUACAAGGAAGCAGUUGGAGCUUUCAUUGUGUUUGAUGUCACCAGAGCCUCCACAUUUGAAGCGGUACAAAAAUGGAAAAAUGAUUUGGACAAUAAAGUUAUGCUACCCAAUGGAGCUCCUAUUCCGGUUGUACUCUUAGCAAAUAAGGUUUGUCUUCAGAUUGUAUUUUUGGUUGAUAAUAGGGCAUCUACAAUCACAUGACUUUUGUCAGGCAUAAUAAUAAUAGUUUAUUUGUGGCUCAAGUACAUGUAGCAUCAUUUGCACCCAAGCAGAGCAAGGGUGAAAAUGAUGCUACAAGGGACACUAAAAAACUAUCUGCCUGACAAAAGUCAUGUGAUUAAAUCAUUAUUAUCAAUACACAAGGCCAAAUCGUAGAAAUUGUAGAAAAUUUAUUUCAUACCAAAAGAUUGUUUAACUUGAAAUCAUGUGGCGGGCUGCAAAUUCCAUUUACAGGCCGCACUUUGCCGUUUGGCCCGCAAAAAGGAGCGUUUUAGAGAGGGCAGUUUGUCAUUUGGCCACUUGUAGUGAUAAUAAUGGUUAUUAAAAUAACAACGACUCUGCUCAGUAGAGGUGGGUGCCCGGGAUGUCGGGGGGCUUCCAAUUUGGGCAAAGCCAGCCCAUGGGCAGAGUUAUACCCCCAUGGCUGGUAAACCUAUGCUCUCCAGCCAUUGGCCCCCACGCCAAUGGAACCAGGCACCUGUCACACUGAUUAUCAGUGGAAAAUAAAGGCUAAACGAAGAAAGUGGCUGCCAGGAAACACCAUUCUAAGCACAUUGAGUUGACGAAGCAAGGUUGACUGUGCUUGAGCCACUGCGUUGAUUGCUGACACUGAAAACACAUGAUGGUGCUCCUUGUUGUUACCUUUGUUAAAUUUCAUCUAACUUCAUAAGUUAUUAAUGGUAGAAUAGUUUAUCAGCGUGCAAAGAAAGUAGUGUCCGAUAGCCCGGGGCUAGUGGAUUUUGCUAUCGGGCUAGUGAAUUCUGUUAUUAACUUGCCCGAUGGGCAAGUGAAUUUUUUUGAGGAAUUCAAAUUACAGAAGAACCUUAGAAAUCAAUCUGCUCGUCAAAACGUUUUUGGGGCUAGUUGAAAUGAUAUUUGGGCUAGUAAAUGUUAGCUUCAGCUUGCCCGAAUGACAAGCUGUAAAAAUGACUUUCUUUGCACCCUGUUGAUGCUUAACUGUGACAGAGGAACCCAUUAAAAACCAGUUUCGAGUAUUGAAGAGGAAGGCCAUGUUUCCAUUGGUAUUUUACUAUUGCAUCUGCGAUUUACCUCUUGCUGUUGCAGUUUUAGCCCAUCAUAUAUCAUACUGUUCGUUGCUACUGGUACAUAUUUUAUUUUAUUAUAUAAACACCAAUGAAAUACCAGGUGAGCUUUUGCACGCAAACUUGGUAUCUUCACAUGUGAAAAUAACAUGUUAUCUUCACAUGUGAAAAUAUCACCUUUGCUAUGGCUACAUAAUAAAUCGCGCCUUUCACACCAAAAAACUAUUAAAGUGAAAUGGUUUGGUAUUUCAUUGGUGUUCAUAUAAUAAAUAGAACAUUACAUGGCCGCUUGGAGAUACAAAAUUUCUCUUCUUGUGUUGAAAAAAUAUUUCACUCGUUUGCUGCGCUUACUCAUGAAAUAUUUUUCAACACUCAACAUUCACAACAGAAAUUUCGUAUCUCCGCGCGGCCAUAAAUUAUAAUAUCCUCUGUUUAUCUUAUCUGGUACAUUAUAAGCUACAUGUACAUUACAGUAUGAUAAUUAAAGAGCUAAAUUGUAUUAUUUUUAAAAAUCCCAAAGUUAUAAGUAAUUUCCAAUAAAUUAAUAAAUUACAAAGCUAAGUCAUCUUUAAAAUGAGGCGAUUUAAAUAGGAAUUCUUGACCUGAUCCAGGCCUCUUUAACCAGUGACAUGGUCUUUUUUUGUGUCUGACAGUGUGACCAAGCAAAGGAAGGUUUAGUAAAUAAUGCAAGCCAGAUGGAUGAGUACUGUAAUGACAGGGGAUUUCUCAAAUGGUUUGAGACAUCAGCUAAAGAAGAUAUCAACAUAAACGAAGCAGCAAAAUAUCUUGUGUCAAAGGUGGGUUCUAUUAAUCUAAGACAAACUGACUGUCAGUGAUAUAAAAUUUUUAUGUUUUUCUUCCAGUGAAAUUGGGCUCCAUUGUUUAUUAUUUCUCACGCUACCUCUUUCUCUGCUUUUUUUUUUUAGAUGAAUGCACUAGACAUUAAAAUUUAGUCAAAAGAAAGACUUAGCGAUUUACCCCGAAAUGUGCGGGGUGCUUGAAAUGCAAAUUUUCACCCCAGCUUUGGACGUAUGUACAUAUGUAAAUACAGACGAUUUUGUCAGAACCAAAAUUUCUUGGAUGUAUAGAUAUUAAACCAUAUUUUCUUACUCAUGGUGCUCUGCUGAGGGCACUUGAUCGUGCAGACAAGACUAGCUCCCUCUAUAGUUUUGCAGUAUUUCAACUGCAUGUAGUAAGUGCAGUUGUAAUAAUCUACCUAAACAAGACUCUCUGAAAAUCUCAGCAAGAAAGACUAGGCUUUUACCAUAGCAAGGAUAAAUUCCCACAUUAAAAGGUUGCUGAUCUGCAAAAUUGAAAUCCUGCAAAAACUUUUGUGCCAUGUCAUAGACAAAUUUUUGACAUAGCUCAACAUCAUUUCUUUUUUUUUUUAACAGUGUACAGUGUGUACAUGGUAUUCCCCAACCCUUCAAGAGAUUGAGUCAAUCAACGCAAACUGAUUUGUGCUGUUUUCUUUCUUCGUUUCUUUCACAGAUUCUAGAGAAUGAAAAGGCAAAUAGUUUUGGUACCAGUGACAGGAAGGAGCCGUCAAUAAAAUUAACAGAUAGUGCAUCUUUAGCAACAAGUGAAUAUAAAAACAUCCCAUCUGGAGAAGCGCCUAAAAGUGGAUGCUGUUGA